AUGGAGGAAUACAAGUUGCUGGUUGUAGGCCGCCGCAGACUGAAGGGUACGAUCACGAGGAUCGUGUCCUUAGCUGAGCGUUUACCUGCAACACAAACGAAGGAUGGAAUCGAUGUCUUGUUGGAUCGACUGGAUUUGGCAUGGAGCGAAUUCGAGAAGAUUGGCGACAAGAUAUCGCUUCACGAUGCGGUCGAUGGGUACGUAGAUCCAGCCGACGACUACGAGGAGUACGAAGGAAGGUACCUGAGGGCAAGGGAGUUACUUGUCUCAGGAAAGCGCUCACUGGAGCCACAAACAAGCACUCAAAGCAAUGAGUCAAUGCCGGGUAAUGGAGAUGCACUUUUCCGGUUACUACAACAACAACAACAGAUGCUAGAACGAAUGGCUGUUUCUGAAGCAGCAAGUACACCUAUUUCACAAGAUGACGCAAUGAACGCGGUAGCAACGCAUAAUGAACUACCGAAAAUUCAAAUCAAACGGUUUUCGGGAGACUACAAGGAAUGGCCGGCAUUUUGGGAUAUCUAUAAAAGCACUAUCCAUAAGAAGCGACAACUAUCAGAUACACAGAAGUUUCACUAUUUGAAAUCACUAUUGACCGAUGAAGCAGCGAAUCUAAUUGCACAUUUGCCAAUUACUGACAGCGCAUAUGAAACAGCUGUGUCGCGUUUGAACGAGAGGUACGACAGACCACGCCAUAUUGUGUUUUCAUUAUUGGAACAGUUCACAAAGCUACCAGAAACAACAAAGAUUGAUGUAUCAGUGCUAAGGAAAGUGACUGAUGGAGCAAACGAAAUAGUUCGUGCAUUGGACGCAAUUGGAGAAAACACACGUGAUUGCUGGAUCAUUUUUCUAAUUUUGCAAAAAAUGGAUGCAGAAACACGUCGCAAAUGGAUCGAGGACAGCCGCGAUUUAAACUCACCAACAACCAAGGAUUUGUUCAAGUUCCUGGAUACACGCUGUGAGGAGUUUGAACUCAGUCAACGACAAAGCAUCGGGGAUGGCAAGAUCAAGCAAGUUGAAAAGGCGAGAAAACCUAUGCAUAUUAUGAUGGCUGUCGAGAGAAGCAAUGGCGUCAAGGGCAACAUGAACGGACCCGAUCUGAUUGGAUCUGCGGAUUUUCUGGCGCUAAGUUGUGAACAACGAAGAGCAACGGCAAAAGAGAAAUCGGUAUGUUUCAACUGUUUGAAGCCUGGACACUUUACCAGGCAGUGUGAAUCCAAAUUCAACUGUAGGAUAUGCCAUGCUCGGCAUCAUACCUUAUUGCAUGUACAACCGGCUGCAAACGCGCAAGGCUUUGCAGCAACCACGAUCAAUUCGCAGGAUACGGCACAGACCGUGUCAACAGGAAGGGAGGACCAGCGUAAUCAGGACGCUUCUCACACUACAUCGGUGACAGUGAGUCACAUCGCCCGAGCAUACGGCUCACAAUCGGCUGCAGACGCGCAAGGCUCUGUAGCAAUUCCAAACAAUUAUGGGCGUCGCCAAAGCACGCUGCCGACUGCAUUGGUAUAUGUCCAAAACGCAAAUGGGAUAUAUACAAGCUGCCGGCUACUAUUCGACAGUGGAUCUGAAUUGUCAUACAUUUCGGAACGUUGCAUCAACGCACUUGGGCUAGCACGUUCAUCAUCACGAAUCCUAGUGUCAGGAAUUUCUGCCAUCAAGGCUGAGGCAACCAGAGGGGUCACUCAGCUGCAUCUCAAAUCUAGAGUUUCGGACAACACUCUAAAGAUUACCGCACACGUUCUAAGUAAGAUCACAUCUUCGCUGCAGAGACACAAUGUAGAUCCAUCAUCGCUCAAUGUGUUCAAUGGAUUCCUGAUGGCGGAUACCAACUUCGCAUCAGUGGCCCCGAUAGACAUUUUAUUGGGGAGCGACUACGUUUGGGCCACCUUAACCGGCCAAAAGAUGCACGACAACAUGGGCAAUCUUAUUGCCAUUUCUUCAAUAUUUGGAUGGGUCAUCACAUCGGUUGGAGUUAAUCAGUCUCCAACAACUACAACUCUAUUCUCCACAUGCAACAUUGACACUACCCUACAACGAUUUUGGGAGAUAGAAGAAGUAAGCUGCUACGCACACAAGGAUCCCGACGAAGACAAGGUGGAAAAACAUUUCCUAGAAACUCACAAAAGGGAUGACGCUGGAAGGUAUAUAGUUGAGCUACCUUUCAAAAUAGCAAACCCGAAAUUUGCAGACACGUUCCAGGGAGCGCGAUCCCGCUUCAUGGCUGUAGAAAGACGACUACAGCGCAAUCAGGAUUUACGAGAAAAGUACAUCAAGUUUAUGCAGGAAUACAUCAGUCUUGGCCAUAUGCACGAAAUCAGAACACCAAGCUUCGAUUCAGGCAAUUUCUUCUAUUUGCCGCAUCAUCCUAUAGUUGGGCGAAAACUUAGGAUCGUAUUCGACGGGUCAUUUAAGGACGCUAACGGAGUUGCACUAAAUGACGUAUUACACAUUGGGCCUAGUAUUCAACGCAAUCUCUUUUCCGUAUGCCUACGCUUCAGAAUGUAUAGAUACGUAUUCUCCGCAGAUAUCGUUAAAAUGUUUCGCCAAAUUUGGGUAAGCCCCGAUCAUCAAAACUAUCAACGCAUUGUUUGGCGAGAGCAUCCAUCAGCGCCUCUUAAGCACUAUCAAUUAGACACUGUAACUUAUGGAACCGCUUGUGCACCAUACCUGGCUGUACGAGUGUUAGAACAACUGGCAUAUGACCACAAGGAGCAAUAUCCUACUGCAUCGAAAAUCCUUUUGGAGGAUUUCUACGUAGACGAUGUACUUACUGGAUCGAACAACGAGAAUGAGCUAAUAGCUAUUAGGAAUGAGCUAUUAGAACUCAUGUCACACGCCAAAUUGGAACUCGACAAGUGGGUGUCCAAUUCAUCACGCAUCUGCAGACGCGAAUCCAGCACCGAACGAGAAGAAGAAGCAGUAAAGGUACUUGGAAUUUACUGGAAUUCAAUCGACGAUCAGCUGAUGUACAAGACAUGCUUGACAUCAAAUACGAAUUGUACUAAAAGGCAAAUCCUAUCAGAUGUUGCGCGUAUCUUUGACCCUCUUGGCUUAUUAUCGCCGAUUGUGGUUCAAUUUAAAAUCAUGUUUCAACAGUUAUGGCUAUUGGAUCUGGGCUGGGACACGAAGCUGCCACCAAACAUUGCCGAACCAUGGCUCAAGUGCAGAGCAGAUCUCGACAAGCUAAAAAAGCUGAGAGUACCACGAUUUGUUCCCAACAGGGAGGACUCGAUUGAACUACACGCCUUUUCCGACGCAUCAACCAAGGCAUAUGCUGCUGCUGUUUACUGUAGGUUUCGACAUGAAGACGGAACAUAUUCGGUUUCAUUGAUGGCUGCCAAAACUAGGGUAGCACCACUGAAACAACAAUCACUACCACGGCUGGAGCUUUGUGGAGCAUUGCUGCUAAGUCGCCUGGUACGAUCACUCAAGGAUGGUUUACGUCACAAGGAUAUACAAGUUUACGCAUGGUGUGAUUCAACAAUUGUAUUAGCCUGGUUAUCAUACCCACCAUCGAAGAUGAAAACAUUUGUCGCAAAUCGCACAUCGGAAAUUCUUGAAACGUUGCCACGACACGCCUGGCAUCACGUAAGCUCAAAGGAAAACCCCGCAGAUUGUGCAUCGAGGGGAAUGAUGGCUACACAGCUCAUGGAAUUUCACCUCUGGUGGAACGGACCCACUUGGCUACACGAUGAAGAUGAGUAUACAGUCAAAAUGCAAAACUCAGAACUCUCUUUGAAUAUUUCAGAAACCCAUGCACAGGACGAAUUGAAGACAACAGCCAUGCUCACUCUGAAGGAGAUGGACAAUUCAUUAUCUGAAUUUGACGAACUAGUCCACCGCGCCUCAUCCUGGCAAAGGCUGGUACAUACCGUGGGCUAUGUUUUACGUUUUAUUCAAAGACUGAAAGAGCCGCGAAAACGAGUCGAAUCCACGAUACUGUCUUUUGAAGAAAUCAAGGCAGCACAAGUAGUAUGCCUGCGGAACGCACAGGCGUGCUUUGGAGAUGACAGAAGGCUUCUAGAAAAGGAUCAACCACUGCGAAACAGGUCGCAGUUAUUCAAGCUAACCCCGUACAUUGGACAGGAUGGUCUGCUACGAGUUGGAGGCCGUUUGAGGCAAUCUCAAUUACCAGAAGAAGUCAAACACCCGAUAUUACUUCCUAAGACACACCAGAUUACGAAGCUAAUCCUGGAACACGAGCACUGGGUAAACUUACACCCAGGCACAUCUGCACUGUUUGUAAUAGUUCGCCAACGAUAUUGGAUAAUUGGAGCACGCAACCUGAUAAGAAAGGUCACCCACAACUGUAUCAGAUGCAUUCGUCAAAGACUCCAUACUACGCAUCAACUCAUGUCCGACUUGCCAAGUAUCAGAAUCACACAAUCACUUCCCUUUGUCAAUUCUGGAUGUGAUUACGCUGGACCAAUUACUCUCAAGGAUCGAAAGGGUCGCAACGCUAAGAAGUCAAAAGGAUACAUAUGCCUCUUCGUGUGCCUCGUCACCUCGGCACUACACCUGGAACUAGCCACUGAUCUCAGCACGGAGACAUUUCUGGCAGCUCUGAGAAGAUUCAUGUCGCUCCGAGGAAAAUGUGCAAAAAUCUACAGUGAUAAUGGCAGGAAUUUUGUCGGAGCAAGGCGAGCAUUGGACGAGAUGCAACAACUCCUGGCAUCUUCACAGCAUAAGGAUCGAGUCUCGCAGACAUUGGCAGAUGAAGGCAUUAAAUGGGUCUUCAUUCCACCGUACGCACCUCACUGGGGAGGAAAGUGGGAGUCUUCCGUAAGAUCAGUCAAGCUUCACCUGCGCCGCGUCAUUGGCAACACUAUCCUAACGUUUGAACAGAUGCACACCCUAUUAGCACAAAUAAGUGCAGUGGUAAACUCAAGACCACUGUACUAUACACCGGACACCGACGUCACAUAUCUGUCUCCAGCACACCUGUUGAUAGGCAGAUCAUUCACAACAAUUCCCGAAGGCGACAUGAGCCACAUACAGGAAAAUCGACUGGACUACUGGCAGGGAGUUCAAGCACUAUACCAAGGAUUCUGGAAGCGCUGGCACCAGGAAUACCUAACUACGCUACAGCAUCGCCCCAAGUGGGGAACCCCGCAACCCAAUGUGGAAUUGGGAUCAGUUGUUCUCAUCAAGGAUUCGAAUACUCCGCCAGCAGCCUGGCCACUUGCAAGGGUCAUCUCAACUCACACAGGAACAGAUGGUAGAGUUCGUGCUGUCAAAUUGAAAACUGCUUCAGGAGAAGCAACUCGCCCUAUAACCAAGAUCGCAGUUUUACCAAAUUCAGAAACGAUGUUUCAGGGCGGGCCGGGAUGUUGA